AUGAAACCAAUCCCCUUCCCCUUCGCCCUAAAUAUCGGCACCGACAUCGUCCAUCUCCCGCGAAUAACCCGCCUCCUCGCCCGCCCCAACUACCUCACCCGCUUCACGCACCGCAUUCUCCACGCCCGCGAACAACAAGACUUUCGCACCCGCUUCUCCCUCCCUCCAAUACCCUCCCAAUUGCCAACUACCCCUAGCAUAAGUAUAUCCCCCGACAUGACGCGGUGGCUCGCCGGCCGGUUCGCGGCCAAAGAGGCCGCGCGGAAAGCGGCGCCCCGUGGCGCGGCGCAUAUUAGCUGGAAGGAUGUGGUGGUUACGGUGGGGGAGGAGGGAGGGAGGCCGGAGGUGGUGUAUUUAGAUGGGGAUGGGGAUGAGGCUGGGAGGGUAGGGAAGUUGUCCAUUUCGCAUGAUGGGGAGUAUGUCGUUGCUAUGGUGGUGGCGGCGGGGUGA